AUGGGGAUUAUCAAUGUCUAAAAUUGUCUGGCAUGUUCCACCAAUCAUUGGCGGUAAUAUUUAUGAAUUCAAGAAAAACCAAAGUAGUAAUUGAGGAGGUACUAACAAGUUCAAAAAAUUAAUUUGAUCGAUAUUUUGUAAAUUGCACGCUUUCAUUAGCAACAUUUCUGUCUACAACUUCCAAUUCAACUUUCGACCCAUUCUCCACUGAACGCUGCCCUUUCGAGCUUGCCAGCUACGAUCCUAAUAAAAUCAAGAAAAAGACUAAAGAACCAAAUCCAAUGAUUGAACUUCUGGGCAAGACCUUCCUAUAUUCUUCAACUGUUUGAACGACAUAUGCUUUAUUAGUCCUCUCGUUAACAUGUCUUCAGAACCAGUGAACAUAAAUGACUUCAAAGAAUUGGCGAGGUUGGCACUUCCAAAAAUGUACUACGAUUUCUACUCCGGGGGAGCUGAGGACGAACACACUCUUCGAGAGAACAUACAAGCUUUCUAUAGAAUCACGAUUCGACCUCGUGUUCUCAUAGAUGUGAGCAAAAUUGAUAUGUCAACAACCAUAUUGGGACAUCACGUCUCCGCACCUAUCCUGGUUGCUCCCACUGCUGCACAUAAGUUGGCAUUCCAUGAAGGAGAAAUAGCCACCGCCAGGGCAGCUGCUGCUGUAAAAACUAUAAUGGUUCUGUCCUACUCCUCGACCUGUUCAAUAGAGGAAAUUGCCUCUAGCUGUAAUUCUGUCCGUUUCUUCCAAUUAUAUAUUUUCAAAAGGCGUGAUAUCUCGGCUCUGCUAGUACAAAGAGCUGAGAGGUUUGGAUACAAAGCAAUUAUCUUGACUGUUGAUACACCUCGACUUGGUAGAAGGGAGGCUGACAUAAAGAACAAGAUGAUUGCACCUCCAGUGAAAAGUCUUGAAGGCCUCAUUUCUAUUGACGUUAAGUCUGAUCAAGGUUCAAAAUUAGAAACUUAUGCCAACGAGAUGUUGGAUGCAUCUCUACGCUGGGAAGAUAUAGGGUGGUUAAGAUCAAUCACUACUCUGCCAAUUCUAAUAAAGGGGGUUCUCACUCAUGAAGAUGCAACCAAAGCUGUGGAAGCAGGUGUUGAUGGAAUUAUUGUGUCCAAUCAUGGAGCCCGCCAGUUAGACUUUGCUCCUGCCACUAUUUCUGUCCUUGAAGAGGUUGUGCACGCUGUCAAGGGUAAAAUCCCUGUGCUCUUAGAUGGUGGUGUGCGGCGAGGCACAGAUGUGUUCAAGGCCCUAGCCCUUGGUGCUCAGGCAGUCUUGAUAGGGAGACCAGUUUUAUAUGGGCUAGCAGCAAAGGGAGAGGAGGGAGUAAUAACAGUGUUGGAAAUGCUGAAAAAUGAGUUAGAGACAAGUAUGGCACUUUCUGGUUGCCCAAGCAUCAAGGACAUUACUCGAAGCCAUGUGAGGACACACUAUGAUAAUCUACCAUCAAUGUUGUAAUGGCUUCGCCCUGUAUAUGAUUUAAGUUAAUGAGUUUGAAUUCACGUUCAAGUAUUUAAUUUUGAAAAUAAGUCAUUUUAAUAAAAUAUAUAGUAUUUUAAAAUUAAA